AGCAUGAAGAACCACCCUCCUUUCCCAGGAUGAAAACAGUCAACAAAGCUUUUCUUCAUUUGAAAAGUUGGUGGCUUCGAUUGGAGCAGCGCUGGUAAUGAGGCCAGGUGUGGCUGAUGACAGAGCAGCAUUUUUGGAACUCGCUUGUUAUUUAUAUACGGAAAGUAUUAUUGUUUGUCUGACAUAAUCUUGGCCUGUGAGAUUGAUCUUUGUUUAACCUACUAGAAGGUGUUGAGCGAUAGUCUGGCUGCUACUGAGUCAUGAAGCCUGGAGGGGAGGAUGUGCCCUUUGCCCCUUGCCCCUCACUGGGUGUCUGUCUGGAAUAGAGCCUGUCCUGUGACCCCACAGGGCUGAUGGGUGAGACAUGGUGUCCAUGGAGGCAAAGGGAGGCAGAGAGGAGAGAGGGUUCCCCAGCCCUUCCUGUGUCUGCUUAGUUCGCAGGCAAGAGGAAACAUCUCCAGGAAGAAAUGGAGAGAGGGAAGGAAAACAGGAGCGCACAGCAGGGGGCUUUUACAGUAUUUUGGUGCCGAUUUCACAGCAAUUAGAACGGCUGAGAUAUCUUCCAGGAGGGGCCACCAAGGCUUUAAAGAGAAAAAAAUUGAUGGUAAACAAAUACAGGGAGAAACAAGACAGCUUUAAGAUACUGCCAACUUGGGCAAGGACAGCUCAAUAGCGGGCCAGAAGGGCUACGAGAGAUUGGCCAUGGAAGGGGCCCAGGGAGCGAUUCUGGGAGGUGGCCCUGGACGGUGGUUAUGGAGUUUGCAUGUGGCUGGGACCCAUGGUGGAGGAACCACAGCAGGCCUUGUCUGUGGAGAACUGAAGGAUCAGAAAGUCCAGGGGUACCAUGAAGUGGCUCAUCGACAGCCGGUCCCCAUCUCCAAAUCCCAGACAUCCUGCUUCCGGAAGAAUCACCGUGACCGACAAGCCAUGAAGCAGCUGCGUCUAGGAGGCAGUCACCUUGUGGCCACCAAGACUCCUCUCUCAGCACCCUCAGGACCACUGGGCGGGGUUAGCGGACCCACCGAGACUCCUCUCUCAGCACCCUCAGGACCACUGGGCAGGGUUAGCGGACCCACCGAGACUCACCUCAGAGCACCCUCAGGACCACCGGGCGGGGUGAGCGGACCCACCGAGACUCACCUCAGAGCACCCUCAGGACCACUGGGUGGGGUGAGCGGACCCACCGAGACUCACCUCAGAGCACCCUCAGGACCACUGGGUGGGGUGAGCGGACCCACCGAGACUCACCUCAGAGCACCCUCAGGACCACUGGGUGGGGUGAGCGGACCCACCGAGACUCACCUCAGAGCACCCUCAGGACCACCGGGCGGGGUGAGCGGACCCACGGAGACUCCUCUCUCAGCACCCUCAGGACCACUGGGUGGGGUGAGCGGACCCACGGAGACUCCUCUCUCAGCACCCUCAGGACCACCGGGUGGGGUGAGUCAGGCCCAGGCUCUCCACUGGGAUCCUUUCCCUGGGACUGGGAGCUGCCACCUUUCCGUUCUGAUUCCUCAGGGUCAGCGUGACUGAGGGCAGC